CUGCGCGGCAGCUGCUUUGGAAGGUAUCGAGACCCCUGUACCUUCCCAGGGAUGAACCGGGCCUUCCUCUGGAAGGCGAGGGUUCGGGCCACCGUGAGCGAGGGGCGGGGCGGUGGGCGCGCGCAGACGAAAACCAGAUCAGCUGAGAGAGAAUAGGAGUAGUGGAUGAGGCGCUUGUGGGGCGCGGCCGGGGAGCCCUCGGGCGCGGGCUGGGAGGAGUGGGCGGAGGCGCCGCAGGAGGCUCCUGGGGCCUGGUCGGGCUGGCUGGGCCCCGGGCGCAGUGGAAGAAAGGGACGGGCGGCGCCCGGUUGGGCGUCCUGGCCAGCUCACCUUGCCCUGGCGGCUCGCCCCGCCCGGCACUUGGGAGGAGCGGGGCUGGGCCUGCGGCCUUUGGAUUCCGGGACCGCCCCCUUCCAUUCCCGGGUCAGCGGCAAGCUGCAGCGACGGCUGGAAUCGCAGCUGCAGCAUGAGAGCCGGUGCCGCUCCUCCACGCCUACGGACGCGUGGCGAGCGGAGGCAGCUCUGCCGGUUCACGCCAUGGGGGCGCCGUGGGGUUCACCGGCGGCGGCGGGCGGGCGGCGCGGGUGGCGCCGAGGCCGGGGGCUGCCAUGGACCGUCUGGGCGCUGGCAGCCGCCGGCUUGACGUGUACGGCGCUGAUCACCUAUGCCUGCUGGGGGCAGCUGCCGCCUCUGCCCUGGGCGUCGCCAACCCCGCCGCGACCGGUGGGCGUGCUGCUGUGGUGGGAACCCUUCGGGGGGCGCGUCAACGCCGCGAGGCCGCCCCCCGACUGCCGACUGCGCUUCAACAUUAGCGGCUGCCGCCUACUCACGGACCGCGCGUCCUACGGAGAGGCUCAGGCCGUGCUUUUCCACCAUCGCGACCUUGUGAAGCGACCCCCCGACUGGCCCCCGCCCUGGGGCGUCCAGGCGCGCAGUGCCGAGGAGGUGGAACUGCGAGUGUUGGACGACGAGGAGGCAGCGGCGGCGGCAGAAGCCCUGGCGACCUCCAGCCCCAGGCCCCCAGGCCAGCGCUGGGUUUGGAUGAACUUCGAGUCGCCCUCGCACUCCCCAGGGCUGCGAAGCCUGGCAAGUAACCUCUUCAACUGGACGCUCUCCUACAGGGCAGACUCGGACAUUUUCGUGCCUUAUGGCUACCUCUACCCCAGGAGCCACCCCGGCGACCAGCCGUCAGGCCUGGCCCCGCCACUGUCGCGGAAACAGGGGCUAGUGGCAUGGGUGGUGAGCCACUGGGACGAGCGCCAGGCCCGGGUCCGCUACUACCACCAGCUGAGCCAACACGUGGCUGUGGACGUAUUCGGCCGGGGCGGGCCCGGGCAGCCGGUGCCCGAAAUUGGGCUCCUGCAUACAGUGGCCCGCUACAAGUUCUACCUGGCUUUCGAGAACUCGCAGCACCUGGAUUAUAUCACCGAGAAGCUCUGGCGCAACGCGUUGCUCGCUGGGGCAGUGCCGGUGGUGCUGGGCCCCGACCGUGCCAACUACGAGCGCUUCAUGCCCCGCGGCGCCUUCAUCCAUGUGGACGACUUCCCAAGUGCCUCCUCCCUGGCCUCGUACCUACUUUUCCUAGACCGCAACCCCGCGGUCUAUCGCCGCUACUUCCACUGGCGCCGGAGGUACGCUGUCCACAUCACCUCCUUCUGGGACGAGCCUUGGUGCCGGGUCUGCCAGGCUGUCCAGAGGGCUGGGGACCGGCCCAAGAGCAUACGCAACUUGGCCAGCUGGUUUGAGCGGUGAAGCCGCCCUCCCCUGGAAGUGACCCAGGGGAGGCCAAGUUUUCAGCUUUUUGAUCCUCUACUGUGCAUCUCCUUGACUGCCGAAUCAUAGGAGUAAGUUCUUCAAACACCUAUUUUUGCUCUAUGGGAAAAAGGCGAUUUUACCAAUGAACAUUACUCCGCACAGAGAUGGGGGCCCGGUUUCCAUAUUUUUUUGCACAAUUGGGCCCCCUUUGCUGUUGAUGAGCAUCAUUGUUUAGGGGUGAAGGAGGGGGCUCUUCUUCACCUUGUAACCAGUGCAGAAAUGAAAUAGCUUAGCUGCGAGAAGCCGUUGAGGCGGUUUCUCUGAAUUUCUCCGUCUGCCAUAGGCCGGAUUUGUGGCCCGUGUAGCCUCCAAAUCUCAUACACACUGUUCCCGAUUCACAUUUUUCUGGACGGAGGUGAAGCAAAUUUCUGGUUGUAGAAGGAGCCUUGUUGGUGGAGAGUGGAAGGACUGUGGCUGCAGGUGGGUCUUUGUUGUUUGGAUUCCUCACAGCCUUGGCUCCUGAGAAAGGUGAGGAGGGCAGUCCAAGAGGGGCCGCUGACUUCUUUAAUAAGUACUAUCUGUUCCCCUGUCCUGUGAAUGGAAGCAAAAUGCUGGAUUGUCCUUGGAGGAGAGUUAAGAUGAAUACAUGGGUGCACCUCACUUUACAUAAGAAAUGUAUUCCUGAAAAGCUGCAUUUAAAUCAAGUCCCAAAUUCACUGACUUAGGGGAGUUCAGUAUUUAAUGAAACCCUAUGGAGAAUUUAUCCCUUUACAAUGUGAAUAAGCAUCUCCUAAUGUUUCUUCUGUCUUUAUGGUUUUCCAUAACCUGGAUUUUUUAAAGGCAUAUUAAAAUUACAGAUGUGAAAAUAAAGCAGAAGCAACCUUCUUCCCUCUUCCCAGAAAACCAGUCUGUGUUUACAGACAGAAGAGAAGGAAGCCACAGUGUCACUUCCACACAAUUAUUUAUUUCAUGCCUUUACUGGACCUGAAAUUUAAACUGCAAUGCCAGUCCUGCAGGAGUGCUGGCAUUACCCUCUGCAGAACAAUGAAAGGUAUUGCACUACAUUAUGGAACCAUCUAAAAGAAAAAAAAGUUUCAUGAUGUCUGUUAGUGGCAGUUUUUGUUUAUCUCUGUCAGUUUUUAGUUAAAUGUUUAGAUCCUCGGAACUACAUUAGUGCCUACUAUUAACUUACUCUUGUCUUUUGUUAAAGGCUAAAUCUGCACUUCUCCCUGGUGCCAGCAGGUUCCCCUCAUAGUGAACGUAGUGGUAUAGCAUAUCCUCACAUUUCCAGUGCCCUUGAGACUGUGCUGUGGAACCAAUCUUGAACAUACGUGCAUUGAUUUGACAAAGUUACUGAGUGAGCAGCAUAUUCAGCAGGUGCCACUACAUACCUACUCUGUGCCAAACACUGAGCUUGAGGCCCUAGGGAAGAUAGAGAAUUAUACAAGGCAAAGUCCUUCUCUUUAGGGCGCUUAUAAUCUGUCACUUCCAAAAAGUAAACGUGACUGAUAAAACAAGUGGCAGAACCUGUUUGAUUACUGUGACAGUCUUAAUGAUACCAUAAAUCAAUAUUAGAAAGCUAGUUGACUUAAAGCCUGAAAUAAUGUAAGUUUUCGCCUCCACUUAUUAGAAUAAGGACUCUCAAUGACUAAUUAUUGUGGAUAGGGUCAAGAUUAACUAGUUUUAUACAGAGUUCUGCUGUAAAUAGUCAUUUUGCAUUUGAUUAGUGCAAUUAUCUGAAUCAAAAAGCAAGUUUUACCUCUCUGUACAUGUUUUUGCAGACAUACUUGAAAAAUUCACUUAAAUCUAGGUGCUUCAGUUCACUUUCUUGAGAGGAGAAAUGAAAAGCUGUGGAGAAAAUGUCCUCAUUGAAGUUUUAUAGUGAGGGCAGAAUUACAAUUACAAAGUGCCAGCCACCGAAUAAAGAUAAAAGUUCAGUUCUUAAAAUGAGUUUUUAUGAGGUAACAGUCAGUGAUCUUGAUGUUCCUGGGAUUCUACAUGGGGCAGUGGGAAAGAGUUCAGGUUUUGAAGGUAACCUAGUUUAGGUCUGAAUUCCAGCUAUGUGACAUUGGGUAAAUUCGUAGUAUCCCUGAGCCUCAGCUUCCUCAUCUGUAAAAUGACUGAGGAAAAUACUUAACAAGCUUAUUUUGAGCACUUUAGGAAGUGAAAGUACGUAAAAUAGCAGGCACCCAACUGAUGAUUUUAUAUCUUCCUUCUUUGCUUGCAGUGAUUUCAGGAUAUCCUCUUACCAUUUAUAGGUCUAAAAUUAUAUCUGAAGGUAUAUUGUAGAAUAAAUCUAAAAUAAAAAGGAUGGUGCCUCAUAUCAUGUAUUUUAAAUGAGUCCCUAAAGCUAAGCCAUAUUUCAAGAAUCAUGAUUACCAUUUAGAUUAAGCUGGACUUGCAAACUAGGAGGAAGCACCUAGGCUUUCUUUGAAUAUAUAUUUUUUUGUUUGUUUUGGUCAAGCUCUAUAGUUAAAUUAGUAUCAUUUAUUUUACCAAUUUUUUUAGUAUUAAGUCCAUUUAGAACCAUAUUUAUGGAAUAUUUAGCAUGAGGAAGGUAUAAUUGCAUUUUUUUUUUUGAGACGGAGUCUCUCACUGUCACCCCGGCUGGAGUGCAGUGGCAUGAUCUCGGCUCACUGCAACCUUCGCCUCCUGGGUGGGUUCAAGCGAUUCUCCUGCCUCAGCCUCCUGAGCAGCUGAGACUAAAGGCACCUGCCACGACGCCCGGCCAAUUUUUUGUAUUUUUGGUAGAGACUGAGUUUCACCAUGUUGGGCAGGCUGGUCUUAAACUCCUGACCUUGUGAUCUGCCUGCCUCAGCCUCUCAAAGUGCUGGGAUUAUAGGUGUGAGCCAGCGUGCCCAGCCAUUGCAUUUUUACUCACAUACACGUUGUUAAUAUGGAACAAUUUGUUAACACUAAUCUCGUCAGAGAGUAAGAUAAAUGUGGCAAUUGCUCAUUUCAUUUUGCAUAUAUUAAAUUGAGUAGGUUCAGCUCUAACAUACCUUAAGAAAAAUGCAUAUCAGUGCACUGUAUGUAUUUCAAAAUGCCUUUCCUAUGAUUGUCAUAUCCUCCUUUAAGGCUUUUCCCUCAAAUUUAUUACAAAUUUAGUAUUUUUAGUACUUGAUGACUCUAAUUACAUGAAUGCACCUGGAAUGACAUUUGUAUCAGAAGACAGUCUGACUUGCUUUCAGUAUUCACAAGUUCUUUCCAGUUUCCAAGUCUUUCCCUAGCAGUAAUUCAGGGGAGAGAGGGUGGUUUCAUGUAAAGAGCGUGCCGUUUGGAGUCAGAACCUGGGUAUGUGACUCUGUGGCCUUGAUGAAGCAAGUUAUUUAAACUCUUGAGUUUUAGCUUUCUCCUUUAUAAUGCAUGAAUGCCCAUCCCCCUACAAAACAAAGAUUAAAUGUGAUGAUGUAUGCCAACGUGCUUUCUAUAUUGUAAAAUGCUAUAUAAUUAUAAGAUGUUCUAAAUUUUCGAGGAUCUAAACCAGGGAUUGGCAAACGUUUUUCCAGAGAGUAAAUAUUUCACACUUUGCAUAUAUAAUUUAUGGAGGUGUUGAGAGGAUAGAUUAGACACUUGAAGUACUCAGGAUAGUGCAUGGCAUGUAGGAAGCACCUGGAAAAUAUUCGCUGUGAUUACCAUCAGUCCAUUUUACCCGGGAAGGACCCAAGGUCCAGGCCCACUGAAGGACGUGCAUAAGAUUACAGUAGCAGUGGCAGAACCAGCCAUGCUUGUGCAAAUCACAACCCCUUUGAGCCUCUGUCAUCUGAACUGCAAAAUGAGUGGGUUAGACAAAAUUAUCUCUUGGGACCUCCUAGUUCCACUUGCUGUCAUUCUACUAACUGGCACCCUAAGGUUGAAAGUGCUAAUCUGCUUUCCAAUGUGGCUUCCUUACAGUCUGGAACUGACAAUAUGCAGGAGCAGUAAACUGGUAGAAAACCAGGAAUCAGAGAAAGAAAAUAUGAUUUAGCUUCAAAGAUGUAAAUUACAUAUAUAGUAUACUAUAUAUUUUUUUAAAGCAUUAUAUGCCUCAGAUAUCAGGGAAAGGAGCCAAGUCCUUGGUAUUUAGUUUGGUGAAUACUUGCAUUGAAUACAUGUCAAGAUGUCAUUUUUUAAUGUGUCUCAGGGAUUUGUAUGCUACAGAUUAUUUUAACAAAUCAAGUGUUUAUGUACACAUGUUCAGAUUUUUUGACAAAAUGAUUAAAAUAAUGAGAUGGAAAAUGA